AUGCGCACACCAACCAGCGGCGUAAAGCAGUGUUGUGGAGAAGGAGAGAGGCAGAAAUAAUUUCCUUAAUCAUGGAGACUUUAUAUGGGAUUCCGUUUGCAGUGCUCGAAUGUCCGAAUAUAAAACUGAAGAAACCCUCAUGGCUUCACAUGCCGUCGGCUAUGACCGUGUAUGCGGUGGUCAUUGUAUCAUACUUUCUCAUCACAGGAGGUAUUAUUUAUGACGUCAUUGUAGAACCUCCAAGUGUGGGUUCAAUGACUGAUGAGCAUGGACACCAGAGACCAGUUGCCUUUUUGGCAUACAGAGUUAAUGGGCAGUACAUUAUGGAGGGGUUAGCCUCCAGUUUUCUCUUCACCAUGGGAGGCCUGGGCUUCAUAAUCCUGGACCGCUCCAACGCACCAAACAUUCCCAAACUCAACCGCUUCCUGCUGCUUUUCAUUGGCUUUGUCAGUGUCCUUCUCAGCUUCUUCAUGGCCCGAGUUUUCAUGCGCAUGAAACUGCCAGGAUACCUCAUGGGCUAACGGCAUGGACAACAGAAAAUUACCAAACAGAAUCAGUAAUGGAUAAAGAUGGCUUCACUAAAUCAUUACCAAUAAAGACUGAAAGCACUGACUGGUCAAGAGAUGCAACCAGACCAACCUAAAAAAGAAAAAAAACCAAGACCCCUUAGCAGAUAUCUGUAUUAGGCGUAAAUGUUACUGGCUACUCAUGUUUGUUUUUUUUGUUCUUCUAAAACCUGCCGUGAAUAUAAAGAGUUGCAGAAAUGUUUUGGGGUCACUGGGG